CUCCAUGGAGCAACAAUAAAACCCUCGUCGCGUCUCCCGCUUCUUCUUGUCUUCCUAUCUCCAACCCCUUUGGCCUAUUCCUAGUCGCGUGUGCGCUUCACACUCCAGGUAUUCAAGAUGGCAAGCAGGGAAAUCGACCAGUCCAUUGACGUCGCCGACGAGAAGGGAAUCAGAACCGACUCGAUCGACCGUCAUGCCAUUACCAACGUCUCCGAAGAGAAGAUCGCCAUCGACGACGACUAUGAGAACAAGCCUACCGAUGAGGAGAAGGCUACUCUGCGCCGUGUGCCCGGCUCCCUCCCCGUCGUCGCCUACAUGAUCUGCGCCGUCGAGUUCUGCGAGCGUGCCUCGUACUACGGUGUCGUGGGUCUCAUCAACAACUUCGUCAACCGCCCGCUGCCCAAGGGUGGUAACGGUUGGGGCGCUCCCCCCAAGGGCACCCAGCAGACCGCUGGCGCUCUCGGCAUGGGUACCGUCAAGGCCAAUGCCGUCAACCAGUCGUUCAACAUGUUGAUCUACGCUCUUCCUCUUAUCUUCGGUUACCUCGCUGAUGCCCGUACUGGUCGCUUCAAGCUUAUUUGCUGGGGUGUUGUUGUCUUCGGUAUCUCUCACGUGCUCAUGGUUGGUGCUUCUGCGAAGCCGCUCUUGGAGAGCGGAAACGCCAAGGCGCCUUACUUUAUCUCGGUCUACAUUCUUGCUAUCGGUGGUGCCAUGUUCAAGCCGAAUGUGUCUCCCCUACUCCUCGAUCAAAUGCCAGACACCGUUCCCAAGGUUAAGACCCUGAAGUCGGGCGAGAGAGUCAUUGUUGACCCUGAGUCCACGACUGAGAGAGUCAUGCUCUGGUUUUACCUCCUCAUCAACGUCGGUGGAUUCGUGCAGGUCGCUACUACCUACGCUGAGAAGUACAUUGGAUUCUGGCUGGGCUUCCUUCUCCCGCUCAUCCUCUACCUUCCUCUUCCCCUCCUCCUCUGGUACCUCAGCAAGCGCCUCGUUCUCCACCCACCGGCAGGAUCUGAUUUGCCCAACGUCUUCCGCGUUCUGGGUAUCUGCUUCUCGCAGGGUGGAUGGAAGAGAAUCGGCCGCCACGGCUUCUGGGAGCCAGCCAAGCCUUCGGUCAUUGCCGCCUCUGGCAAGAUAAUUCCAGUGCGCUGGAACGACCAGUUCGUCGAGGAUGUUCGCCGCGCUUUCCAGGCCACCGGUAUCUUCUGCUUCUUCCCAAUCCAGUACCUUAACGACAAUGGUAUCGGUUCCUCGGCUAGUUUCUUGUCCACCAUGUUGGUUACCAAUGGUGUCCCCAACGACGUCAUCAACAACUUCAACUCUCUGUCCAUUAUCGUCUGCGCUCCUAUCCUGAACUACGGUCUCUACCCCUUCCUGCGCAAGCGCAACAUCCACUUCGGCCCCAUUGCCCGCAUCACCACCGGUCUUGCCAUGUCCUCCAUGGCUGGUAUCGGCUACACCGUGCUUAACUACUACGCCUACAAGAUCGGCCCGUGCGGAGAGUUCGGUUCCGACAACUGCGUUGACGCCGACGGAGUCUCCCUGGUCGCCAACAUCAGCAUCUGGUACAUGGCCAUCCCCUUCGCCAUCGGAGGUAUCUCGGAGCUGUUCGUCAACGUCCCCGCCUACGGCAUCGCCUACUCGCGCGCCCCCAAGAACAUGAGGGGUCUCGUGUCGGCGCUGAACCUCUUCAACACCGCCGUCGCCUACGCCAUCGGCCUCGCCUGCUCCUCCGUCAUCCGCGACCCCUACCUGACCUGGGACUUCGGCGGACCAGCCAUCGUCGGCUGCGUCCUCACCGUCGUCUUCUGGUUCACCUUCAAGCACAUGAACGGCGAGGAGUACACCCUCUCCCAGAACGGCGAUUACCACCUCACCCUCGAGGGCACCGCCAACGUCGUCAAGGAGAACUCUCAGAACAAGAGCGUCAACCAGCCCCCGGCUAUUGCCGCUAACGAGGAGUUCGGUAUGACCCCGAAGCAGUAGAUUGGUGGAUGAUGUAAAGAUGGGAUUUUUCUUUUUUUGGAUUUAGCUUUUCGCCCGUCCUACAGGCUCACUGGGUGAGGGUUGGGACUUGGGCUGUAUGAUAAUAUAUAACUAACAGAUAGUUGGAAAGCAAAUCUAUGUGCGACUCUUACUAAGA